AUGCAGGAAGAUAUGGAAAUGAAGAGCGGGAGCGCUGUGCGAUCAGUACCAGGGAGUGGGAAUGAUGCCUAUGAGAGCGCCACAUUUCGCCAGAAACAACAACUGGAGAGAUAUCUCAACUUCUUCUCAUCGGUCGCAUUUUCCACUUGCUUGCUUGCCACUUGGGAAUCUGCCGGUGGUAGUUUGCUCGCAGGGUUGUACAACGGCGGCCCUGCUGCGAUUGUCUAUGGGAUUAUCUUAAGCACAGUGGGUAAUCUCGCCAUCGCUUGCUCUUUAGCCGAGCUUGCCUCUCUACACCCAACCGCGGGUGCUCAAUAUCAGUGGAGCUAUAUCCUUGCGCCCCGUGGUCGUCGAUUCAUCAGUUUUUGCCAGGGUUGGUUAACGGUCUUUUCUUGGUCAGCUUUAGUAUGUAUCGCGCCAUUCCUAAUCGGAACCCAAAUACAGGGUAUGAUUGUGCUGGCGCACCCUGAGUACGAGCUUGUGAGAUGGCGCGGGACCCUGCUCAUGUGGGCGGUUGCAAUCGUACCAAUAAUCAUCAAUAUAUUUGCGCGUCGUGUUCUGGGAGGCAUCGAGAUUGCUGCGGGUAUCAUGCAUAUCGUCUUCCUACCCGUCACCAUCGCUGUCUUCGUUAUCCUCGCCCCUCGAAAUCCCGAUCCAUUUGUCUGGGACACUUUUGUCGGCGGCUUGAGUGGAUGGAAGGAUUCCGGGGUUGUAUUCUCCAUCGGUCUUCUUGGUGUCAUUACACCGCUGGCUGGCGUCGAUGGCGUAAUCCACAUGGCCGAAGAAGUCAAAAACGCCAGCGUCGUCGUGCCCCGCUCCAUGAUCUACGGCACCCUAAUCAACGGAGCCCUCGCAUUCAGCUACCUGAUUGCCAUCCUCUACUGCAUGGGAGACUAUACCGAAGCAGUCACCAGCCCAACCGGCUACCCCAUCAUUACAAUCGCCUACCAAGCAACGGGAUCCAAGACAGCCACCUUCGUCCUCAUGGCAAUGGGCAUGCUACCCGGCUGGAUCGCCCUCUUCAACGGCCUCGCCUCCGUCACGCGUCUCACCUGGGCUUUCGCUCGAGACAACGGACUCCCCUUCUCCGACUUCUUUGCCGUCGUCGACCCAACCUACAAGAUCCCCCCUACGUGCUUUAUUCCUAGUUGCGUCAUGCAUCUUCGCGCUCUCAUUGGGUCUACGGCUGCAUUCAACGCUAUUCUCUCUCUUAGCACGCUCGGUCUCUACAUUUCCUAUCUUAUCCCUCUCGUGCUCCUUGUCUUGAAGCGUUUCACGGCGCCCCAGGAUAUCCCGCGGGGAACUUUUAGUCUAGGGAAACUCGGCCUCCCCAUGAAUCUUCUUGCCAUUCUCUUCGCCACUUAUUUCGUUAUCUUCCUUCCAUUCCCGGCUACUGUGCCGGUUACCGCGGAAAAUAUGAACUAUGCCGGGCCUGUGCUUGGGGUUGUUAUAUUAUUUGCCUGUGUGGAUUGGAUUGUUCGCGGACGGCAUAAGUGGGAAGGACCAAAAAUGAGGUCUUAUGAUAGGAGUGAGUGA